GGACUCAGUCCGAGGCAGAGGCUCCUUCCGAAGAUGUGAAGAGCACCACCGCGUUUCCCACAGCACCUCGGGUUUUUUUUGUACGUUUCGCCGGGGAGAAACCUUUUUUUGUAGUAAAUGCACUUUGCAGCAGUGCUACACUCGCGAUUUUCUUUUUCCUUUUUUUUGAUUUUUCGCAUUUCUGAGCGAUCGCUAUGGCAGUUCAGUCCACAUCCGGGCCACAAUGCCUUGACUCCAUUAUUGUCUAAAACUGGCGGAGUGGUUGAUAAACCUUGUUAUUUCUUACGUUUAACGACACAUUUUUACUACGUGCAGUGAAGGCUGGGACCAAGAGGAGAUGUCCAACCAAGGAGUUCGGCGGAAUGGCCCGGUGAAGCUGCGACUAACAGUCCUCUGCGCCAAGAACCUGGUGAAGAAGGACUUCUUCCGCCUCCCAGAUCCCUUUGCCAAGGUGGUUGUGGACGGCUCAGGGCAAUGCCACUCUACAGACACUGUGAGGAACACACUUGACCCCAAGUGGAAUCAACACUAUGACCUAUACAUUGGAAAAUCAGACUCCAUCACUAUCAGCGUGUGGAAUCACAAGAAGAUUCACAAGAAGCAAGGGGCUGGAUUCCUGGGCUGUGUACGCCUUCUAUCCAACGCUAUCAACCGCCUUAAAGACACAGGCUACCAGAGACUAGACUUGAACAAGCUGAGUCCCAACGACAGCGACACAGUCAGAGGCCAGAUCGUGGUGAGCCUGCAGUCCAGGGACCGGAUAGGCACAGGAGGCCCUGUGGUGGACUGCAGUCGGCUGUUUGACAAUGAUCUUCCAGAUGGCUGGGAGGAGAGGAGGACCGCGUCUGGACGAAUCCAGUACUUGAACCACAUCACACGCACCACACAGUGGGAGAGGCCUACCAGGCCUGCAUCAGAGUACUCCAGCCCUGGCCGGCCCCUCAGCUGCAUUGUGGAUGAGAACACACCCAUCAGUACGAAUGGGGCCACACCCACCACAGCAUUGCCAUCCAGUGACGGUGACCAACGGGUCCAGGAGAGACGGGUCCGCUCUCAAAGGCACCGCAACUACAUGAGCAGAACCCACCUGCACACACCUCCGGACCUGCCUGAGGGAUAUGAGCAAAGGACCACGCAGCAAGGACAAGUGUACUUCCUCCACACUCAGACGGGUGUCAGCACGUGGCACGACCCCCGAGUACCCAGAGAUCUGAGUAAUGUGAACUGUGAGGAACUGGGCCCUCUACCUCCAGGAUGGGAGAUACGGAACACUGCCACCGGGAGGGUUUACUUUGUCGACCACAACAACCGAACCACGCAGUUCACAGACCCGCGCCUUUCUGCCAACCUGCAUCUAGUCCUAAACCCAAGCCCUAAUGGUUCUCGAGGAGGCAUCGAAAGUCAGAAUGUCAGUCGUCAGAACCAGUUGAAGGAUCAGGCCCAGCAGGCUCUGGUGUCCCCCGGUCAGCUCCCAGAGGAGGCCGAGUGCCUAACGGUGCCCAAGUACAAGAGAGACCUUGUUCAGAAGCUCAAGAUCCUCCGUCAGGAGCUGUCCCAGCAGCAGCCUCAGGCUGGCCACUGCCGCAUUGAGGUGUCCCGUGAGGAGAUCUUUGAGGAAUCAUAUCGACAGGUGAUGAAGAUGAGGCCGAAGGACCUGUGGAAAAGGCUAAUGGUGAAGUUUAGAGGGGAAGAGGGGCUCGACUAUGGAGGGGUGGCCAGGGAGUGGCUUUAUCUGCUGUCACAUGAGAUGCUGAACCCGUACUACGGCCUGUUCCAGUACUCCCGCGAUGACAUCUACACACUGCAGAUAAACCCAGACUCUGCUGUCAACCCUGAGCACUUGUCAUACUUUCACUUUGUGGGCCGUAUCAUGGGGAUGGCAGUGUUCCAUGGCCACUACAUAGACGGAGGCUUUACUCUGCCCUUCUACAAACAGCUGCUGGGUAAACCCAUCACCCUGGACGACAUGGAGUCCGUUGACCCUGACCUGCACAACAGCCUCGUCUGGAUUCUGGACAAUGACAUCACAGGUGUGCUGGACCACACCUUCUGCGUAGAACACAAUGCUUAUGGAGAGAUCAUCCAGCAUGAGCUGAAGCCCAACGGUAAGAGCAUCCCCGUCACCCAGGACACCAAGAAGGAGUACGUCCGGCUCUACGUCAACUGGCGUUUUCUGCGAGGCAUAGAGGCCCAGUUCCUGGCUCUACAGAAGGGCUUCAAUGAGGUCAUCCCCCAGCACCUGCUCAAGGCUUUCGAUGAGAAGGAGCUAGAGCUGAUCGUAUGUGGCCUGGGUAAAAUCGACAUCAACGACUGGAAGUCCAACACGCGGCUCAAACACUGCACUCCGGACAGCAACAUUGUUAAAUGGUUCUGGAAAGCUGUGGAGUCGUUCGACGAGGAGCGCAGAGCCCGGCUGCUGCAGUUUGUCACUGGCUCCUCCAGAGUUCCUCUGCAGGGCUUCAAGGCCCUGCAAGGUGCUGCCGGCCCACGGCUCUUUACCAUCCACCAGAUUGAUGCCAGCACCAACAACCUGCCCAAGGCCCACACCUGUUUCAAUCGGAUUGACAUUCCUCCCUAUGAGCACUAUGACAAACUGUACGACAAGUUGCUCACUGCCAUCGAGGAGACGUGCGGCUUUGCUGUGGAGUGAGUCACUAAUGCAGGCAGGGCUUUACAACAACUAGAAGCAACAUGGUUUGGCCAUGAUGAGCCCCCCUUCCCCCAACAAAUCAAUCCACACAGACAGGGGGGUCAUUCACGGUUGCUUCACCCUGGGACGCCCAUACUUCCCAGGGACAUGUGGCCAAGCAAAGAGAGGGUGGGCAGAGAAGACCAGAAAAUGUUAUCUGACUGGGGGUUUUUUUAGGCCCUCUCGCCCUCCUUUAUGUCUUUUUUUUAAUCAUUGAAAAGGAUCUCUUCAGCUGCUAAUAACUCAGACUAUUUACUAACUUGUGGAACCUGCAAAAUUUGCUGGCUCUUCCCUUUUUUUCUAAGUUCAUUUUAGCAUUUAAAAAAUAGACUGUAUCCAUGUAGCAAUGCUCCAUUUUACCAAGCAGAACACAAGCUCAGUCCACUCUGAAAUGACAUUAACGAGACUGGUUUGUUUGCUAGAUUACAGGGUUAUUAUUGGUUACCACAACCACUUGGAAACACUAAAUUUGGAUGCGGAGUGUGCAUGACUCGGGCUGUUUGGUGCCUCAGAGUGAUCACGCUGGGGCUAUCAGUAAUGCCAAGGCUGGAAAAACAGGGAUGUGUGCGGAUGAGAAGGCAAGACUAGAGACUGAAUUAGGCAGAGCCCGACUGUUUACAACCCUCUCCAAAGACAGCAGCGGGGACCUCUGCUCCUGAGUCGCUGCCCAACAACUAGCGCUGCAUUCCCAGAAAUCCUACUUCACACGUUUGACAGCUAGUUUUGUUUGAAAAUGAAUAAAUGAAUGAAUAGCUUGAAAUGUGUUAUUUUUAUAUAACAGGGAAAAUUGAAAAAGAAACAAUAAAAUUCUAUAUAAUAUAUAUAAUUUAUUGUUGUUAUAUUUCAGAAACCCCUUUCCAUUGUUUCAGAAACAUAAAAUCUUUUAAAUGUUAAGUGUUACUGUUUAAAUUAUAGAAGACAAUUUGUGAAAACAGAGUUAAGCUUGAUGGGACUUCACUAAAGAAGGCUGUGGUUUAUUUCUUGACAUAACCUCUCUCAUUCUGUAGGUGAGGUAUGUCUCAAGGGCAAAAAAUCUUAAAAUCACAAUGUCCUCUGAGUGCCAUAAACAUUUUGAAUGAAUGAGUCUUUGCAAAUAUUGAGCGGACCCUUUAAAUUCUACUGAUUUCACCAUGGAGCUACAUAUGGUGGUGUGUUGUUUCCCUUCUACUACCCUUUUUUUAACAGUUCGUCAUUUGUAGCUGAGCUAUAUUAAUGUCACAAGCAUGAAAACUACCAUUAAUUUCUAAUGGUAUUCUGUUCAAAAGAGUCCAAAGUCCAUCAUACUCUGUUUUGUGUUGUCGUUGAGGGGGAAAAAAGAAAAACCUCUACUACCUUCUAGCCAUGUGGUGCUAAACAGCAUUAACUUUUGUCUUAUAUUGGCGACCUUACUCACUGACAUACUACUGCUUAAAGUGCACAGUACACUGCUCAUGCUCAUACCUGUUUGUGGCCACAAAACAUUUCCAAGAAAUCAAGAGCUCUACCUAGCCACACUCUCAGGAGACGUCAUGCGUACUUCGUAAUGUCAUUUGAUUCGACGACCGACAUGAAAUUCCGACCAUUUGUCUUGAUUUCCUGAAUGUUAAAGGGGGUUAAAGGGGCAAUGUUUUGCCCACAGCAGAUGAUUAACACAGCAAUCGUUGCAUGUUUCCAUAUGUGCUUUUGAUUGAUAGUGAACUGAAUGAGAUGAACUCCUGUUUAAACCUGCUAUACAGUCCUAUCAGUGAUGUUUUGUUUUUUUUAAGAGAAAGGGGGACUGUUUUCUACGAUUAAAAAUGAAAUCCUUGAAUGUUUUCAGAAGAUGCUGCCUGUCUAGCAAUCUCUAUGACCGUGGACUGUUCUUAACGUUUGCAUACACUAAAAAAAAACAAAGCAAAACAGUUCGUUUUCAUUCUUUUAUGUAGACGAGUGUAUGCAAAGUGAAAAGUGUCCUCAGAUGGUGCUUUGUACAGUAAUAAGAUAUUGUUCAUAUAUGUGGAUCAAACAACCUGUAAUUUAUCUUUAACUUAAGUAGAAAAAGAUUUUCUUGAACUGAAAAGAGGAAUUGCACACAAACCAAAUGAGGUUGCCAUGUGUAUUUAAUGGUGACUUCUGCACCAGAUACUCAUUCACCUUUAAGUCCAGUGCACAAGCUGAUCGCCCUACUGUCUGUUCUUACACUACAUUACUCAGCAUUGCCCCGUAGCUGCCUCUCAUUGAAGAACUGAACUUUUUAUUAAACAAGUCAAAGUUGAGAGAUGCCGCUUUCUUUUUUUUUUAAUAGCAUGAUCCACUUAGCAGGACUAUAUCUCUCAUAGCUGACUGAUGCAAUUUGAUGUAUGUUAACACUAUCAUUUUGUAAGAGUAUUUUAUUUUUGUGUGUAAUUAGUUCUAAUUAAACUUGCCUUUGUCUAACAAUG